GCCGGAAGCUCGCUAAGGAAUAUGUUACCCAGCGCUCGGAGAGCUCUUGGCGGGAUUGGUCAAGCGCGAUUCGCUCAAGUCAGACUGGCAUCGAACUUCACUGUGAAGUUCGAUGAGUACGGAGACCCUCUGAGUGUCCUCAAACAUGAAACCUGUGAAGUUCCGAAAGUUUCCGAAGGAUCGGUGCUUCUCAAAAUUUUAGCGUCGCCCAUCAACCCGUCGGACAUCAAUUUGAUACAGGGAACCUACGGUAUCAAACCCAGUCUGCCGGCUAGAGCCGGUCUUGAAGGUGUUGGAGAAGUCAUUGAAACGGGCAGCAGUGUCAAGAAACUCAAAACGGGAGACUGGGUCCUGCUUCCAGGGGAAGCGUGGGGGACCUGGAGAGAAUUUGGAGUUGCCGAAGAGAAAGGGCUGCGGAAACUCUCGAAUCAGCUCGACGUUGUGAUGGCGUCAACGAUGUUGGUCAAUCCGCCUUCGGCUUACCGAAUGCUCAAAGACUUCGUGGAACUGAAGCCAGGCGACACGGUCAUCCAGAACGGCGCCAAUAGCGCGGUGGGUCAAGCCGUGAUACAAAUCGCCAAAGCGUGGGGCAUCAAAACCGUCAACAUCAUCCGAGAUCGACCCGACGUUGCAGAUCUCAAGCAGCAAUUAAUUGCCAUGGGGGCCGACCACGUGAUCACCGAGGAGGAGCUUCGACUCCCCGAAAUGAAAAAUCUCUUCAAGCAGAUCCCCAUGCCCAGCCUUGCGCUAAAUUGCAUCGGUGGCAGAAAUUGCUCGGAUAUGAUGAGAUACGUGGCAGACGAGGGAUCUGUGGUCACCUACGGGGCAAUGUCGAAACAGCCCGUCGUGUCUUCCGCGACAGCUCUGAUCUUCAAAGACCUCCGGGUUAGAGGCUUCUGGCGAACUAGAUGGGCUAAGAAGAAUUCCGGCUCACCCGAAGACGAUUCCAUGUACGAAGAAUUGCAGAAGAUGGCUCUAGACAAAAAACUAUUGCCCCCCAGACACACCGUACACAAGCUUCAGAAUUACCAGGAGGCCGUGCGGAAAAGCAUGGAAGGAUUCACAUCGUCGAAACAAAUUCUAGUCAAUAUGUAGCAGACUCUCCCGGAUUGAGAGGGUUCCGAUUAUAUUGCUCAGAGAAAUUAUCCUUCUGUAAAAUAAAGAG